CACGAGCCGUCUUGUGAGACAGGCAGAACCAGCGAAUAGCGAAUCCUCAACAAGUGUGUUCAAAACACACACCGUUGGCGCGUAGAUCCUUCCACACUAGUCCUCCCAGCAGAGCAGGUCCUCGACGACCAUUCCCGCCUGGAUGUGUAGCCAUCUCUGAACGCGACAUUAGAGUUGUAUUAUUAGAUCCGCAAUAAACAUGAGUGAAUUCACGCAAACCGCCACCGUUACGCAGCAGCAAACCGUCGUCCAGCCGUACAUUCGGUAUGAUCCCGAGUACGUCAGGACUAUUCCGGGCAUCGUGAAGAUUGUGUGCAUCGUGCUCAAUCUCAUCGGGUUCAUCUGCAUCGAGUUUUCCUACUUCAGCUACCGACCUCAGGGUUCGUUCUUCAACACGAUCGCCAUGCUGGGAUUCUGGUUUAGCGGCAUAAUGCUGGUGUUUUACUUGUUUCACUUUUGUGAAAAGUUUCACAAAAUCCCCUGGCUAAAAAUAGAGCUGUACUUCUGUGCAGCAUGGGCGGCAUUGUACAUGUUGGCGUCCUCGAUAGCAGCCGCCACCAGCAUCGAAGCGUUUCAGGCAGCAGCUUUCUUUGGAUACUGUGCCAUGAUCGGGUACGGAGUGGAUGCAUUCCUCAAGUUCAAGAGCGUCCGAGCGGGUGAGAUCGCGCAAGGAUCGCGAACCGUCCAGGUGCAGCAGCAGCAGCAGACGAUUUCAACAUUAACCGCAUAGACGGAUACACACAGUCCAUAAUUUCGAACUUCCCGUACGCGCACCAUUCGUGCUCAAGAAGGGCAAAAAGUAGAACCAAGCUUAGCAACACUUAAAAUCCAAUACGAGCUAAUAAUAGGUUAAACUAUGAUAUUUUCGUGUGAGAGCUAAGCUUAGCUUAACAGUUUAAUGUACAAGUGUUGUCCAGUGUCUCCAUGUGUAGAAAAUUAAUCUUUGAUGUUUUGCAACGUCGUUUGUUCUGAAUAGUGCAUAAUUUAAGAACGAAGUGUCCGUUACAAACGAACAAAACGAACCACCUCUUGUAAAAUGCUGCCUUACACGGAACAUGAUAGCUUAACGCGGAGCAUAAGUAUUUACCACGUGGUGUAGGCGUAGUAUUUUGUAAUCGUACGGAAUUCUCUUACCGAAUCUUAGUCCUCCUUUGCUAAGGAAGCGACGAAACAAAUGAUGCACAUUUGAAAAGUAUAGGAAAAAUUAUUUUGAUAUUUGCGUAUGUUUUUACCGUACAUCGAAUGCGUGCUUUAUUGUUAGAAUAAUGUAGCGGGUGGCACUAACGGAGUAAAGGACAAUUUCCGAAUAAACUAUACAC